AUGUUAUCGGGAGCUCAGGGCUGGGCCCUCGUCUCAGACUUUACUGAACCGGGCCACUGGAGCCGCCCCCCGGCCUCCUCCCCAGAGACGGUGGGACUGUGCUAUUGGCAUGCUGUGCUGUUCGUGUUGCUGUGCUGUGAGAUUGUGCUGUUUGUGGGACUGUGCUGUAAGACUCUGCUGUUCGUGACUGUGCUGUUUGAGACUGCGCUGUUCGUGAUGCUGUGCUGUGAGACGGGGGUGAUGAUGUCGUCCACUAAGGGUGCGUCGAAAGCGCGGCGGGACGACAUGAAUGGAGAGAUCCGGAACAUGCGGGAGCUGCUGCCCCUCGGGCCAGUGGACAGGCGGAGGCUGUCCUACCUGCACUCCAUGGCCGCCAUCUGCACCUUCAUCAGGAAGGCCUGCUACUACCCAGAGCUGCAGGCUGAAGGCUCUGGAUCUCCCCUGCCCGGCGCAGACCUCCUGCAGGCCCUGCCUGGCUUCAUCGUAGCCCUGACCGGGGAGGGAAAGCUUCUGUCUGUGUCUGAGAAUGUGGAGGACUACCUGGGCUACUCAGUGGUGGAUGUUCUUCAGGGGGACACCUUCUAUGACAUGGUGGACAGUGCGGAUGUGGAGGAAGUUCGGUCCCGUCUAGAGGCAGCUAGUGCCCAAGGAACAGACGCAGUGUUUGUCUGUAGGUUUCACACCUCCAGGCCCCUGCGUCUGAGACAGGAGGGCGGCGGCUGCUCCAUGCUGGUGCGGGGGCGCUUCCAGGCCUCCCCAGGAUCCUCCGGCCGGUCCCCCUCCGCCCCGAGGCGGAGCCUCGUCGCCCUCUGCACCCCGACGGUCGACCGUCUGAGCGAGCGCGAUGCCGCCUGGGCGCCGGGACACUUCCAGAGCUCCCAUCGGCUGGACAUGACCUUCCACCAGGUGUCGGACAGUGUCCUGUUCCAUUUGGGAUACCCUGAAGAGCAGCUGAUUGGUCGGUCCUGGUACGGCCUGCUCCAUCCGGAGGACCUGCGCAUCGGUGAAGCCGCACACCGGAGACUGCAGCAAGGGGAUGAGGCUGUCUCCGUGGAGAUGGUGCUGAGGCUGCAGCAUCAGGACCUCUCCUGGGUGUGGCUCUAUGUCCGAGCAGCAAGGAAUUCUGGGACUGCGAGGCAGGAAGUGAGCUGUACAAACUACGUCAUCAGUGAGACUGAGGCCAGCUUCCUCCGACAGAAGACUGGUGCUCACCUCCCAGGAGCCCUGGAAGAGUCCCUGUUGCUGGGCUCUCCCGGAGCCCCAGGGCAGGCUGGGGGGCCCAGCGGGGGGUGUAAAAGGCACAGAGAGGGGCCUCGUUUUGAGGAGGAGCCGUGGGCUAAGAGAGGCGGGGUGCCUGUCCCAGAGCGGGCCGAUCACACCUGGGACAUUUGCUCUCCUACCCUGCUGACGGACGGCCCCGUCUUCCCCUCGACCCCACCCCUCAGCCCGGACUCUGCCCACUCCACCAUCCUCACGGAGGCCCAGAGCCCUCACUUCCCCUACAGCUACUCCGAAGGCUUCCCGCCCUCUCAGGAGAGCUCACCCCCUCAUCAGUCGCUCCAGACGAUGUCAGACACGCCGUUCUAUCCCAGCGGACUGGGCGCGGAAUUUUUCCGGUCCCCAUCCUGCUACGGUUUCCCAGCAUCCUCCACUAACCUGCGCCUGGUCCCCGACUUCCUGUCCGGCCCGGGCCCCUGCGGAGCCGUGACCGGAGUAGAGUUCCGUCCCGAGGAUUUCAGCCUUCCGGCGCAUUCUCCAGAGGGCGCUGGCCCCUUCCUGUCGGUCCACAGCACCGCCCUCCUGACCCCUGACCCCUCCCCCACCACCGCCGAGAGCCACUUCCUGUACAGCCAGGAAGAGCGGGCGGAGAUCAGCGUCCUCGCCCAGCAGAUCUCCUCCCUGGCCAACAGCUUCCACAUGUGCCACAGCCAGAGCCUGGCCCAGAACCAACACCCCACGCCAAGCCCCGCUCUGAGCUCCGACUUUAGCUCUGCCCUCAGUCCUGACCUAAGCCCGACCCACAAUCCAACCUUAAGCUCGGUUCUCAGUCCAACCCUAAGCUCCGCCCCCAGUCCAACCCUAUGCUCCGGCCCCAGUUCAACCCUAAGCUCCGCCCUCAGUUCAACCCUAAGCUCCGCCCCCAGUCCAACCCUAAGCUCCGCCCUCAGCCUCCCCUCUGAAUUCUCCGAGGCCUCCUGCUCAUCUCCACAAGAGAGCCCACGGGAAGCCCAGCUAGACCUGGAUGAGGAAGUCAUCGCCUGUCUCCUGGGCCACCUGGAUCAGUCACCUGGACCUCACCCCGGACUCACCUCCGCCUGCCCCCUGACGCACACCUGCACACACCCCCUCCUGGACGUCCAGGGUCUGAUGGUCUUCAUCACCGCCCAGGAGGACAAGCUGACACUGGACCCCUGCGCCCUGCCCUCAGGGCAUCAUGGCAACAGCAACGAGUUGUAUCAACUCAGCCAGUUUCCGUGCGGCAACCUCCAGCAAGAUGGACUUCUUGAAGAAUCCAUGUACUGAAAUUAGUGUCAGUACAAGCCCUGGUAUGGCAUAUUGUCAUAACAACGCAAAAAGCUUCUUCGCUGGGUCCAAAGAAGACUGAUCAGAUCAUUCGGUACGCG